GGGUCCGUGAGGAGUGGCGGAUAUGGCUCGUGGACAGCAGAAGAUUCAGUCUCAGCAGAAAAAUGCCAAAAAGCAAGCUGGACAAAAGAAGAAACAAGGACAUGACCAAAAGGCUGCUGCCAAAGCUGCCUUAAUAUAUACCUGCACUGUUUGUAGGACACAAAUGCCAGACCCUAAGACCUUCAAGCAGCACUUUGAGAGCAAGCAUCCUAAGACUCCGCUUCCUCCAGAAUUGGCUGAUGUUCAGGCAUAAAGUUGUUUACAGGUGAAUUCAUGACACCUUUGACUCUUCUACUGUCUCAGACCUUAGGUAACAAACCUGCAGCUGCUUUUCUAACAAACUGUUGAUCAGCAAAAAUAAAGGGGCUACAGAAACACUCAUUUUUAUGCUGUUCCCUUUUGGGCUUCAUGCAAAGACAAUUCUGUGUAAAUGUACAGUUGACUCUGAUUUGGAAAUCUGAAAACCAGUCCAUCCUUGUUAUAAAAAAUUUUUUUACAAUUGUAAUUAUAUUGAUGUUCAUAUUGUGUAAAAAAAAAACUCAUUUAAUAAAGUAGUACUUUGAUUUUACAACAUCACAGGAUAAAUGGUUCUAGAAAUUCUGUUCUCAUUUUCCACAUCAUUUGCCUUAUAAAAAUCUAAUGAAUUCAUCAGUUAGAAUUGCAAGUGCAAUUUUUAUCUCCCUUUCUCAACUCAGUAGCAGGUUAGUUAGUUAAACCAGAGCAGUCUCAUUCAUUAAAUUUGUGUACACAAUUUAAUAGGCAGCUGCUGAUCUAGGUGAAGAAUGACUUACCUGCUGCCUUAGUAUAUUGCGAUCAUGUGUCUUUCCCCCUCCCUGAUUGUUUCCUGUGUUUGAGAUUGGAAUAUUUCAACUUGCCAUAUGACCUGGCUAUGGCUGCCAGCCAAAUAUACCCUGUAGAUAAGUGAUAAAUUCCUAAAGCAGUUGGAUUGUUAGCCCUUCUGAAAAAUUAGGUUCUGAAAUGUAUGCCAUAAUGAAAUAAUUAGUAAGCCUAUCAUUUAUUACAAAAUACAAUAGAAUGUAUGUGAACUGGUAAAGAUCUAUCUUUUAUAAAUUAUGCUGGAGUCUUUGAAAAUUCUUCAAAUUCUUUAAUUUGAAAUUGAAACUCAUAAUUUUGAAGGCAUUUUGGAAGUUAUUAACAAUUUGACGAAUUCUAGAAUGGAUUUUGCAUUAACAAGAAGAUUGGAAUUAUUUGUGGCUGGGUCAUUUCCCAGAACCUUCUCUCUGCUUUCCUUUUUGAAUAGUUGAUUUUAGGAGUUUGCUUUUUGCUGGUUCCUAAAAUCAAAGACUUUGUACAGUAUGACUUCACCUGAACUAGAAAAGUAUUAAAAUAGGCCAAUAUUCACAUUCACUUGGCUCUGAGGAUGGGGAAGUGGGUUGAUUCAGAUGGAUGCGGUAAAUUCUACCCAGUUAAAGGAGACUAAUUUUAGGGUUCUUCUAAUUUGCUUUUGUCAACUAUUAACUUUACAAGUGAAACUGCUAUUAACUCAAUUUAAAUUUUAAAGUUAAUAGGAAGAACACUGAAAUAUUUACUGGUAAUUGCUUAGAGCCACAAAUCCGAUCUUGUGGAUUACAAAAUGCAUUUCCUCUUUCUGCUAUAACUCAUCACUGCAUAUGCUUUGUAGCUGUGCAUAUUCUGCCCACUUUGUCUUCACUGUAAGUUUAAAAUACAAUGUUUCCAAGGAAAAGCUUCAGUGGUGAUAGUUUCUUAGCAACUCCUAUUCUUACUCUUACUUUAAAAUAGUCAUUUUUUUUUCAUGUAUUUAAUUUCCUACAUUUCAGAUUUAACAUGUUAUUUCCUUGUAUGUUGAUUACCAGAUCAUUAGAAGUUGCCUAAUUGCUUGUGGGUAUUACAGAAGUUCUGGCUAAAUUACAUUUAAAGGUUUUUUAAAGUGCUUUGAGCAUAUAUAUAUAUUUAUGUUCAGUAACAAAUCAUUUAAAAACCAUUCACAAGUUUUGGUUUAAUUUUUUCAUUUGUUUUACCCUCAUAAUAAAAGCUUCUUUGUUCUUGUAUUUAACCCUUAUUUAUAAGCAGCUGAACAUCAUAUUUAACUCUAUAUCUCAAUGAUGGGGAAAUAGCUGCAUUGAUCUUGCAUAAAACAUUAAUUCUCAUACUCCAGGUGAGGAUUAUUAGUACAAUCCCCUUCUUAUUGUGUUUCAGUUGAAUCUGCUAUAAGGGGAAAGUUAAAAUUCUUAAACAUCCUUGUUAUUUGGAGAUUCUUUAACAGAUCACAGCAGAGUUUGUUAUGGUGUCUGCAAAGACUUGAUAAAAGACGCUGAGAAAAGACGCUGAGAGAAUUGGUCCAUUUGUAUUCUGUAUUUCUAUUAGUUGCCAAAAAAAAUGGGGUUAAGAUUAAAUUGUUUCCAUUCUCUUUCAUAUGGAUCUAUAUCCCCAUGUUUAACUGACACACUGGAGGCUCAGGUGUGUGCUGUAAUGUAUUAUUAAAGAAGAUAUUAAAACGAAA